GCCACAGAGGCACACCAGCACAAAGCAACUAGCAAACCAAGCAAGCUAGCCGUAGUAGUCAGAGCAAGAAAGCAAGCAGCCAUGUCCAUCGUCAAGCGUGCUUUGGGCUUCAGCGGCGGCUACGGCCAGAGCAAGCCCGUGAUAAGCUACCACACCCACAACUCCGACUCGGUGACCACCGUCGUGACGGAGAUCAGCCACAUGAGCCUCAACGAGAAGCAGGCGGGGUACAAGACGGCCUCCCUCACGGAGCUGUGCAGCGAGGACGCCGAAGUGCAGAAGCACGGCUACGGGCAGCAGGCGUACGGGAGCGACGUCGGAGGCUACGGCGAACAAAAGGUGUCGUCGUACCAGCAUGAGAGCGGCGCCGGAGGGUACAGCGCUCACCACCACGAAAGCUCCGUGCAGAAGCACGGCGGCUACGGUGGGCAGAAGGCGUCGUCGUACCAGCAUGGAGGCUACGACGCUGCCAGCCACGACAGCACAGGCGCCACGCAGAAGCAUGGCUACGGUGAGCAGAAGGCUUACCAGCAUUAUGGGGCUGAGGCCCACCAUGACAGCUCGGCGCAGAAGCAUGGCUACGGCGAGCAGAAGGCGUACGGUGGUCACCACCAGGACAGCAAGGUCCAGAAGAGCGGCUACGGCGGCGAGCAUACGGCGUACCAGCAUGAAGGCAAUCUCAAGGGGUACACCGCUCUCCACCAGGACAGCAAGGUCCAGAAGCAUGGCUACGGCGAGAAGGCGCACGGCUACGGCGAGCAGAAGGCGUACGUGGACUGCACGGUCCAGAAGCCCGGCUACGGCGAGCACAAGGCGUACGAGCAUGGGAGCGCCGCCGCCGCCCUCCACCACGACAGCUACGGCGUCGUGAAGAAGCACGGCUACGGCGGCGAGCAGUACCAGCAUGGCGCUGCAGCGGGAGGGUACGACGGCGUCCACCACGACAGCUCGGUGCAGAAGCACGGCUACGGGGAGAAGGCGUACCAGCACGGGAGCGACGCCGGAGGGUACGGCGGUGUCCACCACGGCAGCGCGACGCAGAAGCACGGCUACGGCGCUGGGCAGAAGGCUUACGCGCACGAUGCAGAUGCCGGAGGGUACGACGCUGCUUUCCACCAUGGCGGCGCGAAGCAGACGAAGCACGGCUACGGCGGCGGACAGAUGGCUUACCAGCAUGGUGCCGACGCCGGAGGGUACACCAGUAACACCACUUUCUACCACGGCGGCGUGGCGCAGAACGCGUCGUACCAGCAAGGGCGCGCCGCCGGUGUCGUCCAGAAGCAGCACGGGGGCUACGGCGGCGUGCAAAAUGCGUACCCGCAGCAAGGGUGCGGCGCCGGCGGCGUCGCAGGGUAUGAUGCUCUUGCCCAACGCCGUGAGAGAGAGAAGCAGCGGUUCGACCAGGGGUGUGAGAGCGACGAAGAGAGCGAGGAGGAUAGCGACUGCGAAGAGGAGGAGGUGGGCCUUGCGGCGCCCGGCGGCACGCAGUACUACGCGGCGUACGAGCGCCACCAGCAGCUCGGCGGCGGCGGCUAUGGCGGCGGGUGCGCACAGCCCAAGAAGCACAGGUACUACUGAGCUCCUGCGUCGUGCGGUCGUGCCCACAUGUGACUGCCAGCGUGAUACAAUCCUACCUACGGUGACACCUAUCUGCUCACAUGCUCCUGCAUGCGAUGCCAGUAUUUGGUGGACCUUUGCAUUGCAAAAGUGUCUAAAUAAGAUGUACAUGUAACACAUAUUCUGCAUCCACCAUAAGUGGCAUCGGUACAAUAAUUUACCGCACACAAGUUUGAUUAUUA